UAAAAACCAGACGGGCGGCAGCAAGGUGUGAAGGCAGCGGUGUCGUGCCACCUUGACCCUGGUGCCUCCACGAGGUAUAUAAAGAAAGGCGCUGGAUGCCGACAUCACUCACCUCCUGAGCCAUUCGACCCACCAAACCCUCCGUCAUCAUGAAGAUUUUUGUAUUCGCCGCAGUUGUAUCAGUCUGCUUGGCUGAUAAGCUGCCCAGUCACUUCGGCUAUGCCUCUCCACAACCUUCUUCAGCCUUCAGCCACAGGUCGCGACCUGCAUCUCGCCCUUCCUUUUCCCCAAGACCUGCUCCCCAGCCAACCUACUCCGCACCGAGGUCUGCUCCCGGCCCAGUAGUGCCCAUCCUUGUGGACGACCGCGUCCACCCCGACGCCGGCGCUUACAGCUUCAACGUUGAGACCGGUGACGGCAUCUCACGCCAGGAAAGUGGAUCGCCUGUUCCCGCCAAGGAGGGUCCCGUCACAGCCAUGUCUGGCUCCUACUCCUUCACCCUCCCUGACGGACAACGAUUUGAGCUUCGUUAUGUGGCUGACGAGAACGGCUUCCAGCCUGAGUCAGCCUUCCUGCCCGUGGCCCCAGCCUUCCCUCACCCCAUCCCCGCCCACGCCCUUGAGCAGAUCGAACGCGCCCGUCACGAGGAUGCUGCUCGCCUACGUCAAGGACCUUCUCAGGGAUACAGCGCCCCUUCCCGCCCAUCCCGCCCCUCUAACUCCUAUGGCUUCCCUCA